AUGGCAAGAAAGAAGAGUCAACGCGGUCCCAAAAGAAUCAUUAAACCCAAAGAAGAGAAACGUUUCUCAUGUCUUGAAUGUAAUCGUGAAGCCACAGUUCAGUGUCGAGUUGAUCAUCAAAGAAAUCGAGGCCAAGCAGUUUGUCUGGCCUGUUCAGUUACGUUUGAAUGUACCACCAAUCGACUUUCACAACCUAUUGAUGUCUAUUCCGAAUGGGUUGAUUCAAUUGAAGACUCGAAAACCACUCCUAAGGAGUCAAAUUAG